GGAAAAGAGGGCAAAGGACAGUACAAACUGUACUUUGGCAUAAAAUAUAAUUAUUCUAUUCUUGCUUCAUACUACCAUGGUUAUUUUUCUACAAACUUUGACUGUGGUGGGUAAAAAGUAGAGACAAUAUAGUUAAAAGAAACAGUGUCUGUCUGGGUUUAUACACUGACAGGUUUGGUAAAUCCGUGAUGCCAUCACCCUGGCAAACGCAAAAUGAUUGCUGGUGGUACAGACAAGAUGUCUUUUAAAAUCCUUGGCUGAGCUGCCUACUGUUGCAUCUUCCAUAGUUUGUUGUUGCAACUGUCAUUAAAGCUGCUUUGGAGAAUGACUUCUUGUCAGCUUGCAGCACAAGAAAGUCCAGUGCGAAAGGUUGCUAUCUUUGGAGGAACCCACGGCAACGAGUUGUCCGGGGUAUUUCUGGUCAAGUACUGGCAAGAGGAUAGAACUGAGAUUCAAAGGCCAGGGCUAGAGGUGAGGCCUUUUAUUGCCAAUCCAAGAGCUGUGGAAAAAUGUUGCAGAUAUAUUGACUGCGACCUGAAUCGGGUUUUUGAUCCUGAAAAACUUGGUGAGCAACUCCCAGACAAUUCUCCCUAUGAAGUGAGAAGGGGUCAGGAAAUAAAUCGCAUAUUUGGUCCAAAAGGUAGCCACGAGGCCUAUGACCUUAUCUUUGACCUGCACAACACUACUGCUAACAUGGGUGGCACCAUCAUACUUGAAAACUCCAGGGACAGUUUUACCAUUCAGAUGUGUCGUUAUAUUAAGGAUGCUUUGGCUCCAGAAGGCUGCCCUGUUUUCCUCAUUGAGCAUCCCAACCUGAAAUAUGCAACAACCCGCUCUAUAGCAAAACAUCCUGUUGGCAUUGAAGUUGGUCCUCAACCCCAGGGAGUUCUCAGGGCUGACAUUUUGGACAGAAUGAGGAAGAUUGUCAAACAUGGCCUUGACUUUGUACAAAUGUUUAAUGCAGGAAAAGAAUUCCCUCCAUGUACAAUUGAAGUCUACAAAAUAAUGGAGAAAGUGGAUUAUCCCAGAAACAAAAAUAAUGAGAUCAUGGCUAUCAUUCAUCCUAAUCUUCAGGAUCAAGACUGGCAGCCUCUCAACCCUGGUGACCCUGUGUUUCUAACUCUUGAAGGAAAGACAAUCCCAUACGGAGGAGACGCCAUAGUAUAUCCAACCUUUGUGAAUGAAGCUGCAUAUUAUGAAAAGCAACAAGCUUUUGUAAAAACUAUAAUAGGGACAUUGAGUGCAGAAGGCAUCAGAGCCUAUAUCUCUUAGAGCCAAAAUGAUUUUUUACUUAACUUUGAAAUCUUAGGGCCAAACCCAGUACAGACGCAUUGAUCUUUCUAACCCAAGGUGGCUAGAAUGUGUCGGCUGUAACUCAGAGACCUGAAUAUUUAAUGGUAAGGGAUAUUAAGGAAUAAGCACUUCGAAGGCAAUAAGCACAACCAACAUUCACGACCAUUAUUAGUAUGAAUGUACUUUAGUGCUGUUUUUAAAGAUUGCUAAAUUCUAAAGCUUUUUAAAAUUAAUAUCACUUUUUAAUAACAUAGUUAUUUUUUUGUGUUUAACGCGUUCUGUGCCAAGGAAUGUGAACAUGGAGAUAUUUCACGGUCCGUUACUAAGGAGAGAGAAAGGCAAUGAACAAAUUAAACCUGUAACGAUUUUAUCACAACAGCAUUUUAUACCAAAAAAAGGGCAUCUCAAGUUCUGGAAGAGCUGCGCUUAUGGGAAAGGUUUCACCUCUUGGAUUCCUGCCUGCACCUUACAAGAAAUACACUGGUUACCGCCCUAACAUUAAGCUACAGGAAAUGUGCACGGAGAAGAAGCACAGAGAAAUGGGCAUGAUGGCUUCAGAGUAGAUUUCUCAGUGGAGUGUAUCAGGUAUAAGCAAGUAUCCUCCUGAGUCACAAGUAAGAUAAUUUAGGUAGGUACAUCUGUAUCUGGAAUUGGAGUAAUCUAGGAAGUCGAGAGAUUCCCAGAGACUGUGAGGGUGGCUCUGUGAGUGCGAACAUUUGGGAUACGUGGGUGGUCUCCCUAACAUAUUGAUGCAUGCACCCGCUUCUGAGCAGUGAGAGAUGCCAGGAAUUCCAUCACUUAUCCAGGGUUCGGUUUUCUUGGCAUGAAGGUCAGCAGAGACUGUGGUGUCUUUAGCAUAUAUGGUUUUAUUUACCCAUAUCCUCAGCACAAGAUGGAAGGGCUCACAGCCUUAUCACUCCUACAGGUUUCAGGGGAGCGUCUCCAAAGCCUUCGCUUUGGUUUCAUCCCAGAGAGCCGGUCAGGCCAGAGUAAAACACACACAGGCUUAUCUCCUGCCUCUAACAUGAGGAAGGGGGGCUGCCCCCUUCCUGUAAGAGCAUCAGGAGUCAGUUAUUCCUAUGGCAUCGCAACUGCUCUAGUCUUUAGACAUGUAAAUAGAGUACUUGACAGACUUGGCCAGACCCAUUACCUUAACAAAAGAGCUGGUUUGACCAGUUUCUUCCACUACAAAUCCCAACCUUACAGCUACAGAAUUACAGACUUGGAGGAGACCUGAAGACGUCAUCCAGGUCAACCCCCACAAUCCUAUAAAAAAAAUUUUCUUUAACUUUAAAGCAGUUACAGAGAGGUUUUGAUUUUGAUUAGAGCAGGAGCCCUCUGGAGGGACUGCUAAAUCCUUUCCACUUGCAUAAUUUUCCUGAUCUAAAGUGCCCCUCUGUUACCUUCCCACCCACCCCCAAGUGGGGCUAAAAGUAAUGUUGAGGUGGGGCAGUUUAGAUCAGUAAAACAUUUCAGGGGGAAAGGGUUAAAUAGCAUUCCUCCAGCGCUACUGCUCUGAUUAAAAUAACGGGUCCACAACCCCCCAGGACCCUGGAUGAUUACACCCCUGGCACACAUACUUGAACUUGGCAAUUUCUACAAAUCCCACUUCUUGCCUCUAAUUGAAAAAUUAAUACCUUUUUUAAAAAAAUGAGAAAGGAUUUAUGAGUGAAAAGUUGACAUGGGAAAAUGAUACUGCUCCUGUUUAGUUUUAGUCUAAUUUAAUUUUUCACCUGUUGUAAUUAACACUAAUGAAUGUUGUAUGAGAAAGCAAUGGAAUACCCCAGUAUAUUAAACUGCAGUGAAAUGGCUCCAACAUUGUCCUGCAGUGAGGAGGGGAGUUUCAGAUGGGUUGUUCCUCUGACUUGAGGCACAGCCCAUCCAAGGAUCCUCUUUACCCCCUGCAGAAAAACAACCUAACCGCAGUAAAUGCAACAUUCUGUUUCAAAAUCCAUUUUAUUAAGUUUGGGGUUAAUAAAGUGGAACAAGGAUCUACAUAGGGCUGGCUCCAGGUCUGAAUGCUCUUUGGUGGACCCUCUUUCUAUGUUAAUGGCCCCUGAGGGCUUACCUGGCAGUGCGGGGUAACAACAGGUAACAGCAGCAGUGUUGUGGUUGGCAGCAGGCAGCUUGGAGAGGCCACUUAAGUUUCUCUAGAGCAAUGCCAUGUUGGGGGCAUUGUGGGACAUUAAAAUGGCAGAUCCUGCAAACCACUUGGCAUAGGGGCCCCAAGGCAUCAGUGCAACAGUGGGCCACUGGGACCCUGGGCAAGCUACCCAAGGGCACAAUGAACAAACACCACAGAGCUUGGCUCUAUGGUGACUUCCAUGCUGCUUUUUUUUUUUUUAAGUUAUUCCUUUAUUACCAACCUUUGCUAUUUAUUGGAACUGUGUGGUAAUUCCUGGAGCGGCACAGCAACCGAAUAAAAAAGUGAGAGAGA